GGCAGAUCCCACCGCAAUAAAUUAAAUAUAAUUCACCACACCUCAAUCUUCAUAAAAUUCACCCAUCCUAUUCUCAUAUAUGUUUAUUUUUAUUUUUUUAAUUUUUGAGCUGGUAAUUGACAGAGGGUGGGGGAGGCUGGCUAGCUAGCUGGACAAAGACUUGUCUGAUCCCUCUUCUUCAUCAUGCUUGGUGUUUCAGGCCUCAUGGGCAGCUCCGGCGGCGACGGCGCUGCUACUGCUGCUGCUGCCGAACCCCAUGAGAGCGGUGGCGCUAGUGGUGGUAGCAGCGAGGUUGGUGCCUCCAGCUCGAUGAUUCCUACGGCGGAGGAUAGUCAUGAGAGAAGUGGCGGAAACCGGUGGCCGAGGCAAGAAACUUUGGCUUUACUCAAAAUUCGUUCUGAUAUGGAUGUUGCUUUUAGAGACGCAAGUCUUAAAGGUCCAUUAUGGGAAGAAGUUUCCAGGAAAAUGGCGGAGCUUGGAUUCCAACGAAGCGCCAAGAAAUGCAAAGAGAAAUUCGAGAACGUCUACAAGUACCACAAGAGAACUAAAGACGGCCGGGCCUCCAAAUCCGACGGCAAGACCUACCGCUUUUUUGAUCAAUUAGAGGCCUUGGAGAACGCUCCUCCGCCUCCCUUCACCCCUCCACCGCCACGCCCUCAGCCCCCUCCCUCCACGGCUGCCCCACCAAUGCCGACCAAUGCUACUAAUUUACCAAUGCCAUCGCAUAUAACUGUUUCAUCAACUAGUCCGAAUCCUGUGAGUGUAGCACCACCAGCACAAACUGCCAACAAUCCGAUUAAUGCUUCCGCUUUGUUCCAUCCAUCACAAUUGCCUCAAUUACAGCCUCCGCCUCCGGCGGCGGUGAAUGCUUCAAAUCCUCCUCAAACUCAACCUUUUCAAACAUCUCAUCCACACAUGAGCUUGAUGUCGAAUUCAACGUCGACGUCGUCUACCUCUUCUGAUGAGGAUAUACAAAGACGGCGGGGGAGGAAGAGAAAGUGGAAGGAUUUUUUCCAAAGACUAAUGAAAGAUGUGAUUCACAAACAGGAGGAGUUGCAGAAGAAGUUCUUGGAUACGUUGGAGAAACGCGAGCGGGAACGAAUGGCGAGAGAGGAGGCCUGGAGAGUGCAAGAAAUGUCGAGAAUGAAUCGGGAACACGAACUGCUAGUCCAGGAGAGAUCAAUCGCCGCCGCCAAAGACGCCGCUGUAAUUGCUUUCUUGCAAAAGGUAACUGAGCAACACAACUUGCAAGUCCCGAUCGGUAAUAGUACUACUGCACCACCCCCAAUGCAGGUACAACCCCCGGAAAAUCCUCAGCCACCGUGGCAACCCCCCCCACCACCACCACCUCAGCCGCAGCAGUCCACUGUCCCACCACCACCAGCGGCUCCAGGACCAAUUGUGACAGUAACACCAACAAAAGCCAUAGAAACCUCUAAAACAGAUAACGGUGGCGAUACUUGCGUCUCCGCAAGCUCCUCAAGGUGGCCGAAAGCGGAGGUCCAAGCCCUGAUCAAUCUUCGAACGAGUCUCGAUCUCAAGUACCAAGAAAACGGACCGAAGGGCCCCCUUUGGGAGGAGAUAUCCGCCGGCAUGGCUAAACUUGGAUACAACAGAAGCUCGAAGCGAUGCAAAGAGAAAUGGGAAAACAUCAACAAGUACUUCAAGAAAGUGAAAGAGAGCAACAAGAAGCGAGCCGAGGACUCCAAAACAUGCCCGUAUUUCCACCAGCUCGACGCCAUAUACAAAGAGAAGGCCAAGAAUGAUGUGGUGGGCUCGUUCAAUCCAAUGAAACCCGAGAACGCAAUGGUGCCCAUAAUGGCCCGACCCGAGCAGCAGUGGCCACUUGGCGAGCAACAGCAGCAGGACUCAGCAAUGCCUGAUCAGGAUGAUCACGACAACGACAGCUACAACAACAACGAUCACGAGGAGGACGAUGAUGGAGAUGAGGAAGACGAAGACGAUGAAGGAGGUAGUUAUGAGAUAGUAACAAACAAGCAGCCAUCUUCAGCUACAAACACCACGGCGGAGUGAGGCGGGGAAGCGGCGGCGGUCCUGGAGAGAGAGAGAAAGGGGUAUUAACAAUGUGGGCAAGUGGAGGUGGGGCAGAAGUGCAGGAGGUGUCAGAGAAGUGGCGGAGGGGAUAAGUGGGUCAGAAAACCGGCGGUGAAAAUUUGAAACAGGCGGUGUUUUUGUAAGGUUAAAGCUGCGGGGUUAGUUUUUGUAUAAGUUUUUCCUUUUAUUUUUUUUUAAGAAAAAAAUUAUUUUCUAUAAAUAUAAUUUAUUUAUUAUUUUGGAAAUAAAAUUGAGGGAGGGGUGAAAUAGAGAGCUAUAUAUAUAUAUAUAUAUAUAUAUGGUGAAAUCCAAAAAACUAAUAAGGGGACAACAAGUAUUAAUUAAUUUGUACUUGCUUUAUUUUCUCUUUUAGUUUUCUUAAUUUAUGGGGAGUGUAAU